AUGGCCUCAGAACCUGACCAUGGAUCGCGCCAAGCGAGCCAGGACCUCCGUCCGGUCGUGACCAACCUCAACGGGGACACUGCAUGGCUAGUGUCCUUCCCACUCCCAGCCGCCGAACGGACCGAGUCCGGCAAGUCAUACUACCACAUCGUCGUGGAGCCAUGGCUCUCCGAGCACAUCGUCCUCUUCACAGCCUUGCUCGGGUCAAUCACCCUCCCCGAGCCGCCCGCAGUCAAAGACGCAGCGGCAGUGGACGCCAUCGUCCGCGACAUCGAGCAGGCAGCGGAUUCUCCCGCCCACGCCGAUGCCAGUGUCGAUGUCAUCGUCGUCACGACUUGGCUACUGGACCACAUGCACCGCGACUCGCUGACUGGCUUUGCCCCGUCGAUUCCGGUGCUGGCCAGUCCCGAGGCGGCCAAGUCCAUCUCGGGCUGGAAGCACUUCGAGUGCCGCAUCCGGCCGCCGCUGCCUGGCUGGCUGAGCGUGUUUCGCGUCAACGCGCACGAUGUUGUGUACGCCUUCGUGUUCGUGGGGUGCCACGGUGACGACGGCAACGAGCAGCACGACGCGCUACUGUAUCUCCCCACGGACACACGGAGGACCUGCCGGCUCUGGACCGGUUCCUCGAGGCGACCGGGCGGCCACGCGUGCUGA